AUGGAAACAGAAAGUGAUGUUAAUGCUCCUAAUGGAACUGCAAUUGUUGGUGCGACUGCUGGUACUACUGUUGGCGUGACUGUUGGGCCGACAAAUGUUGCAUCGCCAAGCCGUCCAACUGCUGCACAUGCAAUGGCACCGGCAGAGAAACCAGGGAAGUUUUCUGGCAUGCAGAAGUUCACAAAUGAAAAUCCUCUUGCUACUGAAGAAGGAAUGCCUGAAAACCAGCGCUUUAUGAUUACUGAGGCUUGGAAGCAUGCAGAUUUUUUGUGCAAAGGAUACGUCCUUAGUGCACUAGAUGAUGAUUUGUAUAAUGUCUACAGUUCUACCAAAACUUCAAAAGAAUUAUGGCUUGCACUCGAAAAGAAGUAUAAAACUGAAGAUGCAUGCUUGAAAAAAUUCGUGGUUGCUAAGUUUCUUGACUACAAUAUGACAGACAGUAUGGUGAUCAACGAGGCAUUUCAAGUGGCUGCUGUGAUUGAGAAGUUGCCUCCUUCAUGGAGAGACUUCAAGAACUAUUUGAAACACAAGCGAGCGAACAUCGUUGAAGAAGCUGCUCCAAAGAAUAAGAAAAGGAAACCUUUUGGAAAGAGUAAGGAGCAGAACAAGAAAAAAUUCAAGGGCAAUUGCUAUAAUUGUGGGAAAGCUGGCCACAAAGCCCCAGAUUGUCGUCUCCCGAAAAGGGACAAGGGAAAGGGACAAGCCAAUAUGGUGGAGAAGAAUGAUGACAUGGAUGAUCUGUGUGCAAUGCUAUCAGAGUGA